AGACACCCAGGAAGCCAUCUCAUUAAGUCGAGACAGAACGAUGGCAGCUGCUUGAAGAAGAAGGUAAUAAGUUAGGGUUUAUAGAAGAAUCUAAGAAGACGGCGUCUUCCUAGUCGGAUUUACUCCAAUAUCUCCGCGGACACUCAGCAGUGGACUGUAAUCAACCAGAAGCAGCAGCACCCUCUGGACUGAAUCUGCACAAUGGAGACAGCGCUAGCAAAAAUGCCAGAGCAAAGGCAAGUCUUUUUUCUUACUAUCUUGUUGCUGUUGUGGAAGUCUGGCUCUGGGGCAACUAGAUAUUCCAUGCCAGAAGAAAAGGAGAGUGGCUAUUUGGUGGCAAACGUGGCAAAAGAUCUGGGGCUCAGGGUUGGAGAACUGGCCACUAGAGGAGCUCAAAUCCAUUACAAAGGAAACAAAGAGCUCUUGCAGAUGGAUGCAGAGACUGGGAAUUUGUUCUUAAAGGAAAAACUAGACCGGGAGGCACUGUGUGGGGCGACAGAACCCUGUGUGCUGCACUUCCAGGUCAUACUGGAAAACCCUGUGCAGUUCUUCCAAACUGAACUGCAGCUCACUGAUAUAAACGACCACUCUCCAGAGUUCCCUGACAGGGAAAUGCUUCUAAAAAUCCCUGAGAACGCCCAGCCAGGAACUGUGUUUCCUCUGAAGGCAGCCCAGGACUCUGACAUAGGGAGCAAUGCCGUUCAGAACUACACAGUCAGUCCCAACAUCCAUUUCCACGUCAUUACUCACAGUCGCUCAGAUGGCAGGAAAUACCCAGAGCUGGUGCUGGACAGAGCCCUGGACAGGGAGGAGCAGCCUGAGCUCACUUUAAUCCUCACCGCUCUGGAUGGGGGUGCUCCGCCUCGGUCAGGAACCACUAUAGUUCACAUUGAAGUCGUGGACAUCAAUGAUAACGCCCCCCAGUUUAUACAGUCACUCUAUGAGGUGCAGAUUCUCGAAAAUAGCCCCAUUGAUACCUUAGUUGUUACAGUCUCUGCCAGGGAUUUAGAUUCUGGGAUAUAUGGCAAUGUAGCCUAUUCUCUGUUUCAGGGUGAUGGAUUAUCUCAACCAUUUGUAAUAGAUGAAGUCACAGGAGAAAUCCGUCUUAGCAAAGAGCUGGAUUUCGAGGGAAUUAGCCAUUAUAACAUAGAAAUCGCAGCCACUGAUGGGGGAGACCUUUUAGGAAAAUGCACUGUGGUUAUACAGGUGUUGGAUGUGAAUGACAACGCUCCAGAGUUGAUGAUCAGGAAGCUCACAGUCCCUGUCCCGGAAAAUUCCGCCGAGACUGUAGUUGCUGUUUUUAGUGUUUCUGAUUCUGAUUCGGGGGACAACGGAAGGAUAGUGUGUUCUAUCCAGAACAAUAUUCCAUUUCUCCUGAAACCCACGUUUGAGAAUUACUACACCUUAGUGACCGAGGGGCCACUUGAUAGAGAGAGCAGAGCUGAGUACAAUAUCACCAUCACUGUCUGGGAUUUGGGCACACCCAGGCUCACAACCCAGCACACCAUAACAGUGCAGGUGUCUGACAUCAACGACAACGCCCCUGCCUUCACACAAACCUCCUAUACCCUGUUUGUGCAAGAGAACAACAGUCCCGCCCUGCAGAUAGGCACCAUCAGCGCCACAGACUCAGACUCAGGCUCCAAUGCCCACAUCACCUACUCGCUGCUGCUGCCCCAAGACCCACAGCUGGCCCUUGCCUCGCUAAUCUCCAUUAACCCCGACAACGGGCAGCUGUUCGUACUCAGGGCACUGGACUAUGAAUCCCUGCAGGCCUUCGAGUUCCGCGUAGGCGCCACAGACCAAGGCUCUCCUGCACUCAGCAGCCAGACUCUGGUGCGCGUGGUGGUGCUGGAUGACAAUGACAAUGCGCCCUUCGUGCUCUACCCGAUGCAGAACGCCUCUGCGCCUUGCACAGAGCUGCUGCCCAGGGAGGCGGAGUCUGGCUACCUGGUCACCAAGGUGGUGGCUGUGGAUCGCGACUCUGGCCAGAAUGCUUGGCUGUCGUUCCAGUUGCUCAAGGCCACGGAGCCCGGGCUGUUCAGCGUGUGGGCGCACAAUGGCGAGGUGCGCACCACCAGGCUGCUGAGCGAGCGCGAUGUGCCCAAGCACAGGCUGCUGCUGCUGGUCAAGGACAAUGGCGAGCCUCAGCUCUCUGCCAGUGUCACACUUCAAGUGCUACUGGUGAAUAGUUUUUCUCAGCCCUACCUUUCUCUGCCUGAGGUGGCACAGGACCCCAUUCAGGAGGAUGGAGAGAUGCUCACUCUGUACCUGGUCAUUGCCUUGGCUUCCGUGUCUUCGCUCUUCCUCUUGUCUGUCCUUAUGUUUGUGGGAAUGAGGUUGUGCAGGAGGGCCAGGGAGGCUUCUCUGGGUGUCUGCUCUGUGCCUGAGGGCCACUUCCCUGGCCACCUGAUGGAUGUUAGCGGAACUGGGACUCUGUCCCACAGCUAUCAGUAUGAUGUGUGUCUAUCAGGAGACUCUAGGACUGGUGAGUUUAAAUUCCUCAAACCCAUGAUUCCCAAUGUAAUGGUCCAGGAGGCUGGGAGAGAAGUGAAGGAAAAUCCCCCCUGCAGGGAUAGCUUUGUAUUCAGUUAACUGUUGUAUUUGUUUCGGUGAAUUUGUUUUUGGCAAAUCUAUUGCAAUAAGGAUCUUCUAGGAAAGUGAAUCAUUUUCUGAGUACUGACACUGUAAUCAAAGUUUCUAGGGCUAAGGUGUUUGCAUCUUUUUCACUUCAUGUUUUGCUAUUGAUAUCAAAUGUAAGAACUCUUAUAUGCUAACUAUACAUUCUAUUAGUGAGCUUCACUCCCAGCUGAAAUCCCUUUUACUCUGAGUAUCUAUGACCAUAUUUGUCUUCUGAACUAUAAGCCAUCACUGAAUUAAGAUAUUUGAGUUGUGAACUUUUUAUUCUUAUAAGAACCAUAUAUGCUAUAGGUUAUCUGCAUUAUUUUGCUCACCACAUAUCUAUCCCAUUGGUCUAUGAAUUAUAUUAAAAUUUAAAAUCUCAUUUGUAAACAUUAAAGAGGAAACAUAUAAUUUUUCAUCUCUGUCACUAAAUAAAGGUGUUAAGACUCUAAGAGUAUAAUCAGUGGUAGAUCAUGCAUGUCUGCCAGGCAUUUCCAAGUAACAAAAAGAUACAAGCAAUCCAACAUAGUCAAAUUCUAUUAAAUAAUUGCUUGACACAAUCUUGUUUUAAAAACUAAUCUGAAUAACAUAAUUAAGUUCCUCCAAAGAAUCAAGACUUAAUUGUCUCAUUUUAUUGAACAAUCAUUUUUUGUUUAUCCUUGUAUUUCAGAAAUAAAAGUGUAAAUGUAGCUUUUGUGGGUCUUGUGUUAAUCUCAGUUGUCAACUUGAGAUCUAGAACUUCUGGGCACACCUACGAUGCAUCAUCUUGCUUAGUUAACUGAGGCGGGAAGUUCAGCCAUGGAAGACCAUUGUGGGUAGCAUAGGAUCCCUGUGCUGGGAUCCUGGACUGUAUGAAGUGUUACUAUGAGCACAAGUGUUCAUUGCUUUCUUCUUCUUGCUUGAGAUGCAGUGUUACCAGUUGCUUCAAGCUCCUGUACUGCACCUUACCUACCAUGAUGUAAUUUUGAACUGAGAGCCAAAACAGACCUUUCC